AUGUCGGGGGCUCCACCAUACGGACUGCGGUCUCCUUCAUCGCAGCAGACAAGCAGCACCACCAACUACAACCCAUAUUCGCCCCCGCCCAAGAACAACCACCCUUACUACGCCAACAACAACACCAACAACAACAACGGCGACCAGUACCAACCACAUCCCCCCGAGACUCCCCAGCCCUACGCCGCCUCGUCAUAUAGCCAGAGUCCGCGUUUUAAUAGCCAUGCUUCCUCGCCGCAUGCUCCCAACACCCUUCCUCCCUUGAACGGUGCUGCUUCUCAUUCGGACGCUCCUCCUCCUCCUCCAUCCUAUCCUUCCGCCCCCGGUGCUCCUAAUUUCCAAUUGCCGCGAGUUUCCUCAUCACCACACCCCAUGGCCGAUACUCGCCCUUCGUCCUACGGGCCAUCAUCGCAUUCGCACCCGCCGCCGCCUCCUCGCCCAGAUAGCAGCCAUCUGCUGUCUCCGAAAAAGGAGCCCGACACAUCCUUUCGAGGAAACAGUUCGGUGUAUUCUUCCCAUUCGCCAGUCAUGCGGCCUCCUUCGCCCAAGGAAUCGAAACCCGCUCGGGCGGCAGACCCCAUGUCCUUCGCCAGCAUCCUCUCCGAACCUACCGAAGAGUCAGCGCCACGACGAGCUUCUCCACCGCCGCCGCCAUCACAGUCUGCCAGGCCUGAGCUAGCCCCGGCAACUCCCCUUCCGCAAUUGGAGAAGAGGCCAAGCCUAGAAAAGCAGCGGCCAAUAGUCGACCGUGACGGCGACGUUUAUAUGCCGCUGGGACGCGACAUUAGAGAGAAGGAAGUGCCUGUCGCAGUAUCGCCCGUGCCCAGACCACCACGUCUGACCGAGAAAGACAUGGAAGUGAUCCAAAACUAUGUUGCGGAAAUCGACAGGGCCGAAAAGAGCGAUGUUGAAGAUGGCGGCUUUGAAGCCGAUUUCCACCUUUUCAUUGCGAAGAGCAAGAAGCGGGCAGUGGAUGCCGAUGUGGUGGAAUCCCAGAAGCGCAAGCGUCGUCGCAACCACUUUCUCAAUAAGUUGAGCGAGAAUUUCGCAGCUGGUGCUGAAGCUGGCUCAGAGCGGUUCCGACUUGCCAACGAAUCCGAAGCUAUCGCGGAAGUCCACCGGAAAGAAAUCCAGGACGAAAAGGAGCGAAAGAAGGAUAUGCAGCGAAAGCGCCGCCGCGAGAACACCGUCCGCCUGGAAACAGCCAAGAAGCUCGAGGCGGAGCGCAAGGCCAACCGUGCCGCAGAACCUGCCGAAAGAGACAAAUUCUUGCGCGAGGCAGAAAAAGCCCAGAAGAAAAUCAAGGGAGUCAAGAGGGCUCUUGAGAGAGGCAACCAGCCCGAGGAAAUCAGUGAAGUCACGCCUCUGGCGCCUAACAUGGAGGGUGGUACUACCAGUUCGUUUCACAUCGGCAAAGGAGGCUCGGCAUCUGCCAAGAGGAAAGCUGCUCGCGCUGCUCAGUCUUCGCGUCCGAAGAAAUCAAAGGAGAAGAAGCAAAGCGAAAAGGAUGCCGCCGAAGCCGCGCAUUUGGCAAUGGAGCGAGAAGAGCUGAUUGCAAUCGCGCCCAAGGAAGACCCUCGGAAAGAUCUCUUGAAGAAAGAAGCCAAGGGUGCCCGCUCCAAGGAAACUACUCCAAUUCCUGGGAAUGCUUUCGAGACAAAGGGCUACAAUCAGAUAUACGAGCAGAUCUGGCGCGAUAUUGCAAGAAAGGACAUCCCCAAGGUUUACCGUACCAAGACUGUUUCACUUACAACUCGACAAGAAAAUCUUCGCAAAACUGCACAGCUUGCCAGCAAGCAGUCUCGCAAAUGGCAGGAACGCACCAACAAGAGCAUGAAGGAUACGCAGGCCCGGGCUAAACGUACUAUGCGUGAAAUGAUGUCUUUCUGGAAGCGCAACGAGCGUGAGGAACGAGACCUGCGUCGUAUGGCAGAGAAACAGGAGCUCGAGAUGGCCAAGAAGGCCGAAGCUGACCGCGAAGCCAAUCGUCAGAAGCGGAAGCUCAACUUCCUUAUCUCUCAGACCGAGCUUUACUCUCACUUUAUCGGUCGUAAGAUCAAGACGGACGAAGCCGAAGGCAAAACUGCCGAUGCAUCUGUUGCACCAACUGGAGAGACAGUGCGGCCGGGCAAACCAGGGGCUCAUACCGUCGGCCUUCCUGACAGUGUCGCGGACACAGAUGCGAAGGUAACCGCCUUUGAGGAUCUGGACUUUGAUGCAGAGGACGAGACUGAGCUGCGCAAAGCGGCCAUGGCCAACGCUCAAAACGCUGUCGAGGAAGCUCAAGCCCGUGCCCGUGCCUUUAACAACCAAGAUGACCCGAUGGCAGCCAUGGAUGAAGGGGAGAUGAAUUUCCAGAACCCGACCAGUUUGGGCGACAUUGAAAUCUCACAGCCAAAUAUGCUUACGGCUCAACUAAAGGAGUACCAACUCAAGGGUCUGAACUGGUUGGUCAACCUUUACGAGCAGGGUAUCAACGGUAUCCUGGCAGAUGAAAUGGGUCUUGGAAAGACGGUUCAGUCCAUCUCUGUCAUGGCAUACCUCGCUGAGAUCCACAACAUCUGGGGCCCAUUCUUGGUCAUUGCCCCUGCAUCCACGCUGCACAACUGGCAGCAGGAAAUUGCCAGGUUUGUGCCUAAUAUCAAAGUACUUCCGUACUGGGGCUCUGCAAAGGACCGCAAAAUUCUGCGCAAAUUUUGGGAUCGCAAGCAUCUGACGUACACCAAGGAGUCGGAGUUUCACGUUUUGGUCACGUCUUAUCAACUCGUCGUCUUGGAUGCUCAAUACUUCCAGAAGAUUAAAUGGCAGUACAUGAUUCUCGAUGAAGCUCAGGCUAUCAAGUCGUCGCAAAGUUCACGGUGGAAAAAUCUUCUCGGAUUCCACUGCCGCAAUCGACUGUUGUUGACCGGUACCCCGAUCCAAAACAAUAUGCAAGAGCUGUGGGCGCUUCUGCACUUUAUCAUGCCUACUUUGUUUGACUCUCACGACGAGUUUAGCGAAUGGUUCUCGAAGGAUAUCGAGUCCCAUGCUCAGAGCAACACCAAACUCAACGAGGAUCAACUGCGACGUCUCCACAUGAUCCUCAAACCGUUUAUGCUGCGUCGUGUGAAAAAGCAUGUGCAGCAGGAAUUGGGCGACAAGGUCGAAAAGGAUGUUUUCUGUGAUCUUACUUACCGUCAACGGGCCUAUUAUAGCAAUCUCAGGAACCGCGUCAGCAUCAUUGAUCUUAUCGAAAAGGCAGCGGUGGGCGACGAGGCGGACAGCGCUACAUUGAUGAACCUAGUCAUGCAAUUUCGAAAGGUCUGCAACCAUCCUGACCUGUUUGAGCGCGCUGAGACGCGAUCUCCGUACGGCAUGGUGCAUUUUGCGGAGACUGGGUCCUUCCUUCGCGAAGGCCCGAGCGUGGAUGUUCGGUAUUCGACGCGCAAUAUUAUUGAAUACGACCUGCCACGUCUCUUGUGUAGCGAUGCCGGGCGCCUUGAUAUCGCGGGACCGAACAACGACAAGAUCGGCUUCCAGAACAAGUAUCUUUCGCACCUGAUGAACAUUUGGGCGCCAGAGAAUAUCAAACAAAGUCUCAGCGAAGACAAGACCUUUGCGUUCCUUCGGUUUGUUGAUGCUUCCCCCGGAGAGGCGUAUGAAGCUUCCCACAUUGGGCUUUUCGAGCGUGCUCUCCGUCGGCGCGAGGUGCCGAAUCGCCUUGCCAGUAUAAACGUGGUUUAUGAGAAGAGUGAGGGAGACGACCCGAACCUUGUCCUUUCACAUUCUCUGUUUAACGUGGCGGAACGAGAUGAUAAAAGAGCUCUAUAUGCGUCGACCAAUGAAGGGUAUAUGCAAGACUUGUUGAAUGUAUCUCGAACGGCCUUUAAGAAUGAAGGCCUCGGGUCAAUCGAGCCUGCAGCUCACCCUGUGGCUUCUGCGCCACCAAUUGCUAUAUCAUGCUCUGGUCAGAUGGCGCUACGGGAAUCGCGAGAAAUUUUGUUCAAUGUCGCAGCUCGCCAGGCGCUGUUUGCCCCCCACAGCCGGCAACUGGAUGAGCAAAUUGUUGAAAAGAAGCUAGAUCCCACACCUUACUCGCGCCCAGCGAUGUUGCCUGAGCCGAUUUCGUCCAAGGGCCGUUAUACCAAGAUUGAAAUACCGUCCAUGGGACGGUUCGUGACCGACUCUGGAAAACUGGCCAAGUUGGACGAGCUUCUUCGCGAGCUGAAGAAUGGUGGGCACCGUGUGCUCUUGUACUUCCAGAUGACUCGCAUGAUCGAUCUGAUGGAAGAAUACCUGACGUAUCGCAACUAUAAAUACUGCCGGCUCGACGGAAGCACCAAACUGGAAGACCGUCGUGAUACUGUUGCUGAUUUCCAGAGUCGCUCCGACAUCUUUGUGUUCUUGCUUUCGACCCGUGCUGGUGGUCUGGGUAUUAACCUUACGGCAGCCGACACGGUGAUUUUCUACGACUCGGAUUGGAAUCCCACGAUUGAUUCCCAGGCCAUGGACCGAGCACAUCGUCUCGGUCAAACGCGACAGGUCACCGUUUACCGUCUUAUCACGCGCGGCACCAUCGAGGAGCGGAUUCGCAAGCGUGCUCUACAGAAAGAAGAGGUGCAGCGUGUUGUUAUUUCUGGCGGCGCGGCCGGUGGAGUCGACUUCAACACUCGCCAUCGCGAGAACCGCACCAAGGACAUUGCCAUGUGGCUCGCCGACGACGACCAGGCCGAGUUGUUGGAGCAAAAAGAGCGCGAAGCAGCGGAACGAGGGGACGACCUCGCUGCAAAGAAGGCAAAGAAGGCCCAGCCUAAGAAGAAGAAAGAUCUUACGCUGGACGAUAUGUAUCAUGAAGGCGAAGGUCACUUUGACGAUGCCAGUGCGAAGCCAUCUGGGACCGCCACCCCAGUCGAACCCCCUGCUGCGAUCCCCUCGCCCACUCAGGCGAAAAAGCGUGGCCGUGGCCCUGGUAAAGGCACAUCCAAACGGGCCAAGACGACCAAAGAGCGUCUACGACUGAUUGACGGGGACCACGAGGGAGAAGAGUGA